CAGAUAUGUCAUGCUGAUGCGUGCAACCAGAGAUCCAGGCCCAGCUUCACCCAUAGCCACACACACACACGAGCCUCACAUCUGGCCAUUGGCCUGUAAACACCAGCUUGCGGCCCCUCGCCGCCCUGCAGACCCCCGGCCCUCGCCUCAUAUGGCACCAGGGCGAGCGGGCCCGUGUGCAACGACAACCAUCCCGACUCCAGAUAUCGCGAAGACCCCAAGCCACAUCCCCCGUGGCCCGUGGUUCCCGUCGAUAUAAUGGGAAGUUCUUCGAGGCUCCGUCUGAGACAGUCUAGCCGUUCAGCAAAACGCCUCUCGAGAGGAGCCAGGGAGCUCGACUCACGCCGCUCAACGCGCACUUCACUCAACAGUCCCACCAAGCCUCUGUCGUCGUCUGCCACCUCGUUGUCAGACCAAGAGCUCUCCCUAGAGACGACACAUCGCACUUCGACGGGGAGCUCGGAGAACAUUGCCGCCGAAAUUGUUGUUUGGACCGAAGACAUGGAUGCCAUGGUCGUCGACGAUCCUGAAUCAGCCGCCCCGGCCGGCCUGGCCCAGGAGGAAAAGGCUAUAACACCCGCACCCUCCUCUCCUCCUCCACCGCCCGCACCCGCCCCGGUGUCGAUCCCGCCGCCAAACGGAACUUCCACAAAGGAGACGCCUUGUCUCUCAUCCUCGUUGUCUUCGCUCUCCGAGCACUCCGAUCUCUCGUCUAUCCGGUCCGAGUCGAGCAAGGCUACCACCCCUGUCGAUGCCGACAGUUCAAGAGAAGCCCCAGUCCCCAGCACUGCCAUCCCCACCCAGCCGAUGGACUCGCCGAGGCGAAAGUGGGAUGUGCGGCCAAAAGUCUCCAUCCCUCCCGAUCUCCCCCUCCAAGAGUACGCGCUGCAGUGUGUCAUGGCAGCUGAGGCGUCGAGACUCAACCCUUACUCGCUCCAUCAAGAAGAGUACCUGAUGCUUCGCGAUCACAUUAGCCACGCGCAAGUGACGACCUACCUGAACAUCAGGAACGGCAUCUUAAGGCUAUGGGUCAGGAACCCCCAAAUCCCCGUUACCCGCGAGGAAGCCAUCGGCUGCGCCAAAGACGCGAGGUGGUUCGACCUCGCUAGCGUCUGUUUCGACUGGCUUGUCCGUCGUGGUUACAUCAACUUCGGUUGUGUCGAGGCGCGGCCGUCGCGCCAGGAUUCCCACAGCGCCUCUCCCAAGGGGAAGCGCAGGACUGUCGUCGUCAUCGGCGCGGGCAUGGCCGGCCUCGGUUGUGCAAGGCAACUGGAGGGGCUCUUUGCACAAUACGCCAAGAACUUCCGCCGUAUGGGCGAAGAACCGCCUCGGGUGAUCGUCCUUGAGGGAAGAAACCGGAUAGGCGGCAGGGUUUAUUCUCGGGCCUUGCAGACGAGACCAAAACAGAUCCCAGACCAAUUUCAGGGGAAGCGAUUUACCGCCGAGAUGGGAGGAAUGAUCAUCACCGGCUUUGAUAGGGGUAAUCCCUUGAAUAUUCUAGUCAGAGGGCAGUUGGGCCUCGCCUACCACCUGCUGAGGCCGGACACGACGCUCUACGAUUCUAACGGAAAGGCGGUGGAUCUACGUCGUGACCAGCUGGUGGAGAAGCUUCACAACGACUGCCUCGACCGGGUCAGCGAGUACAAGUACAAGCCACCAGCCUCGAAACUCAUUGAGGGUAACAGAGAUUUGAUCGACGAGGGCAAGGAUAGCUCGGCCGAGACGCAUAAGACGAUACGACAGGCGGAAGAAUCUGCCGCUGCCCAACCUUACGCGCCGCCUGUGUCGCAGCAAAAUAUCGCGCCGCAGGUGAAUCUCGUGCCGGUGUCGACCGAUCGGGCCACCGGGAAGAUACAUACGGAGCCUGGCAUGCCGGGCGCCGUCAAGGCAGCGCAGAAAGCGAAGCUGAUGGGGUGGACACUGAAACAUGGCGUCAGCGAGGACGCAGACCUGGAUGUCGAGUCGGCAGCCAAGGAGCCGGGUGCUACUUUCGGGAGCGUCAUGGACCGGGUGAUAGGGCAGUACCGGGACCUCGUGGACCUGACGGCCCAGGACUUCAGGCUCAUGAACUGGCACGUCGCCAACUUGGAGUACAGCAAUGCGACGAAUUACCACCAGCUCAGUCUGCAGGGGUGGGACAUCGACGCGGGCAACGAAUGGGAGGGCAGCCACUCCAUGGUGGUGGGGGGCUAUCAGAGCGUCCCCAGGGGCCUCAUGCACCUGCCCACCCCCCUGGAUGUCCGACAACGGUCGCCUGUCAACAAGAUCACCUACACGGCCAACAGCCCAUCCGGCCCUGCGGUAGUGAGCUGCGAAGAUGGCUCCACCGUAGAAGCCGACUACGUCGUCUGCACGAUACCCCUGGGCGUGCUGAAACACGGGAACGUGCGCUUCGAGCCGCCGCUGCCGUCUUGGAAGUCGGAGGCCAUCGACCGUCUCGGCUUUGGCGUUCUGAACAAGGUGAUCUUGGUGUUCAAGGAACCGUUUUGGGAGGAAGACCGCGACAUAUUUGGCGUAUUACGGACCCCGACGAACCGUAACAGCGUGGACCAGAAAGACUACGCCUCUCGGCGGGGGCGCUUCUUCCAGUGGUUCAACGUCAGCAAAACCAGCGGCCUGCCCGUGUUGCUAGCCCUAAUGGCCGGCGAUGCCGGCUUCGACACGGAGCAGACCUGCAACGACGACCUCGUCACCGAGGCCAUCGAGAUUCUCCGCAGCGUCUACGGCGCCCGGGUGCCCUAUCCCGUCGAGGCGGUUGUCACGCGCUGGGCGUCCGACAAGUUCGCCCGUGGCAGCUACUCGUCCGCCGGACCGGACAUGAAAGCCGACGACUACGACACCAUGGCCCGCCCCGUCGGCAACCUUUUCUUCGCCGGCGAGCACACCUCAGGCACGCACCCGGCCACCGUGCACGGCGCUUACCUCUCGGGCCUGCGCGCCGCCUCCGAAAUUAUCGACGCCCUCCUCGGCCCCAUCCCCAUCCCCACCCCCCUCAUCCUUCCCAAAGACUCCGCCUCCGCGUCCUCGUCCUCGUCCUCCCUCAAGCGCAAAGCCAGCGCCCUCUACCCGGAGCAACCCACCACCAAAGACCCCGCCCGCGCCCGCCGCGAAGCCUACGAGGCCGCCCUCUGGGACCACAUCGUCGCGCAGCUCGGCCCGCGCCCGCUCGCGCCGGCCAAGCCGGCCCUCAACGCCUACAUCUUCUACAGCAAGGCGCACCACGACGACGCGCGCGCGCGCCUCGAGGCCGCCCGCCGCCCGGGCAAGGGCCGGCCCUCGGCCAACGAGGUGCGCAUCAUGAGCGCCAAGAUGUGGCGCGACGCCCCCGAGGACGUGCGCCGCCCGUACAUCGAGAUGGCCGAGGAGCAGAAGCGCGCGUACGCCGACGCGCUCGCCGCGUUCAGGACCGCCGCCGAGGACUGGGACCGCCGCGCCGCCGCGCUGAGGGAGGCGUACGAGCGCGAACAUCCCCUCGAGAAGGAGGCGCCGCAGCCGAAUAAUAAUGCCGCUUCGGAGGAGGGCGCUGACGGCGCGCCGAGGAGGCGGAGUAGGUUGCGCGUGGAGAGCUAUGCGGAGGUGGAUAGUGACGAUGAUGACGAUGAUGAGGAUCUCGACGAGGCGGAGUCGGAGCCGGCGGCGCGCGGCCGGGGGCGGGUGCAGCGCGUGGAGACGGCCCGGUGAAACGAACGAACGUGCGUACAUAUGUAUGGAUGUAAUAGUGCCCUGUGUCGUGUAUACGGUAGUAUAUUUACUGCUUGUUUGGGGUUCAGGCCGGGUCGGGUUUAUAUGCAGCGGUGCUUUUCAUCUGUUCAUCUGCGUGGUGUUGGCGGGCAUUUGAUGAGGGGAUUUCGGAGAGGAGUGCCAGCGCUGCACAUCUGCAUUCUUUUCCCUGCUUUUGCU